AUGUCUCAACUGAAAGAAAGAAAGAUCAAGGAACAUGCCGGUGACUCCCAGGAUUCCGUAAAGGAUUCCACCACUGUCUGUAAAGCCGAUGAAUUCGGUGGUCCUAUCGGUAAUCUCGGUAUGAUGAUUGGUUUUCCUCAGUUAAUGUACUACAUGUGGAUCUCUGAGAGAUUCUACGGGGGGGAUCUUGCCUGGCCUAAGCCUGACCAACAAUGGGAAGACUUCUUCGCUCAGUAUUUCGGUUAUAUUCGCGAUCAUGCCAUUCCUUCUUGGUACGUUGUCGAGAUAUUCACCGUGUUCAUUCUCGCGCAAGUCGUUUUUUACGUUACACUUCCGGGAACUUGGACAAAGGGCCAGCCUUUGAAGCAUUUGAACAACAAGCAGUUAUCUUAUUUCUGCAAUGCUUAUGUCACCUUUUAUGUCAAUAUUAUUAUUGUCUUCUUCUUGCAUGUGACCGGCGUUUUCCGGAUAUAUGAUGUCUUGGACUACUUUGGAGAGAUUAUGACUUGUGCUAUCAUUGCCGGUUUUUCAUUUUCCAUCCUCAUGUAUCUCUACACUUUAUUUAUUUCCAAGGAUUGCCAUAGAAUGACCGGUAAUCCUAUCUUUGAUAUGUUCAUGGGUGCUCCUUUGAAUCCUCGUAUUGGUAUUAUCGACUUGAAGAUGUUCUUCGAGGUUAGGCUACCUUGGUAUAGUUUAUUUCUGAUCGGCUGGGCUGUCGUUGCGAAGCAGAUCGAUGUAUAUGGUAAGGCUAGCCCUCAGGCUUGGCUUUUAUUCACUGCAUAUUAUCUUUACGCCAAUGCUUGCUCUAAAGGUGAAGACUUGAUAGUUCCAACCUGGGAUAUGGCUUACGAAAAAUUUGGCUUCAUGCUCAUCUUCUGGAAUAUUGCUGGUGUCCCUUACAGCUACUGCCAGGGUGCACUCUACUUGUACUACCAUGAUCCAUCUGAGUACAGCUGGUCAACUAGCUACAAUGGGUUCUGCUUUGCCUUGUUGUUCAUAAGUUACUACUUCUUUGAUACCGCCAACGGACAAAAAAAUGCCUUCAGAAAGCAAAUUGCCGGUGAUAAGAAUAUCCGUAAGAGCUUCCCAUUCUUACCUUACCAGGUGUUGAAGAACCCGAAAUAUAUCAAGUGUAAGAACGGAUCCACUUUGUUGAUUGAUGGUUGGGUCAAAUAUGCUAGAAAGACUAACUACACUGCCGACUGGUUACAAUCCUGCUCCUGGGGAUUCAUCUGUGGCUUCGACUCAUAUCUUCCUUGGUUCUAUGCCGCCUUCAUGUUUGUAGUUCUUAUUCAUAGAGCUUUUAGAGACUUAGCUAAAUGCAGAAAGAAGUACGGUGCAGAUUGGGAUCGGUACGAAAAGGAAUGUCCUUACAUGUUUAUUCCAUAUGUGUAUUGA